AUGUGCCCGUCAAUUGCAUUGAUUAGUGUCCGGUUUACGAAUUUAAAAAUUAUGGUUAAAUCAUCAUCAUUAACAUACGAUAGAAGUACUCUUCAAACGUUUAUUGAAUUAACAAAAAAAAACAAUUCUUCUUUUUUAUCAAUCUCUCAUGCCUAUGAUACAACCAAUACUUCAUUACUCUAUCAUACUGAUAAACAUAAAUAUCCUAUAUUACAACAACUAACUAUUUAUAUAACAUUUGUAUUAUCGGUUAUUGGACUAGUUGGUAAUGCUUGCACAAUUAUUGUAUUAAAUCAACGAUCAAUGAGAAAAUGGCGUUCAUCUACAUUACUCACUGCUUUAGCUAUAGUCGAUUUUGUCUAUUUAUUAAUUAUAUUUUUAGCUUUAAUUGAUAAUUUAACAAAUAAUAUCAUCGGUUUAAAUCGUUAUUUAAUGUUAUGUCAAGUAACAGUUUAUAUUACUCAUAUUUGCUCAUUUUUAUCUGCCAAUUAUACACUCUCAUUUACUUUUCAACGUUUUAUCGCUGUUUGGUUUCCAUUACAUUCACAAUCAAUUAUAUCAUAUCGUUCGUCAAUAACAAAUAUAAUCGUUUUAAUUAUUAUUGCUUGUGGAUUUUAUUCAUUUUCAUUUUUAUUUACAAAUAUUGAAGAUGGUCAAUGUAAAGAAGAUGAUAAAUUUCCCGCUUUGUUUCCACUUUUAAUUGUCGAUGUUUGUUUAACAUUUGUUGUACCAUUUACAUUUAUUCUUUUAUCUAAUUGUGCCAUUGUUUAUAGUUUACGCACAAGAAAAAUGACAUCAAGAUUGUUGGGAAUUGGCACGUCUGUAUCUUCAACAUCUCGUCCACAUUAUUCACCCGGUCCAACAAAAUCGUCUUUACUACCUGAAAUUUAUCAUGAAAAACGUAAAUUAUUUCAACUUCGUUCAGCAACAUCAUCGUUAAAAUACGUUAAUGACUCGUCUCCUAUUAUAGGACAACAACGUAACGGUGUUGGAACCUAUUUAGUAUCUAAUAACAGCAAUAAUAGUACACCAACUACUACUAAUAAUAGUAACACUCCAACACCGACUCAUUAUCGUUUUUCCCUGAGACAAUCGAAUGAUAUUCCUGGCACAUCAUCAUUAAGACAAACUAUAUCACAAAAAACAACAAAAAUGUUAGUCAUAUGUUCGACAACAUUUCUCGUUUUUAAUUCACCGUAUUGUGCAAUAUUACUCUAUUCAUUUUUAUCAAAACAUGUACUAUCUACAGCAUUAGAUAUAUUUCGUCAUUUUUAUUUCAUGUCAUUUUGUAUGAAUUUUUUUCUCUAUUCUCUAUGUGGUAAUCGUUUUAGACAUGAACUAAUAUUAUUAUUUAAACGUUUUAUUCGUAGAUGUUGUACAAAACAAAUUGCUCAUAAAUGGUUUACCAAACAUGGUGUAUCAUUUUUAAAUACGCCAUCGUCUUAUUCCGUAUCGAGACAACUUUAA